AAAGCCCUAUGAUAGAAGGGAAUAUGUUAGUAGUGCUAUUUAUACAGUGCUUGUUAUGAACUACGUACAUACAUAUGUGUGUACGUGCAACAAUAUCUGGCGCGUUUUUUGUCAAUGCAUUGAUUCAUACUGUGUUUGCGUAUUUAGAGUACACAUUGCAAUCAUUUACUAUACACAAAAGAUGUUUGCAUCGGAGCUGUGACCUCGCACUUCACCAGUCAAGUGCUACUUACUGCUAUCACAUCGUUAUCCAGCAUUUGCGUACUUUAUCUAGAGCAAAACAAUUAAAUAAAUUGUAUAAAUAACUAGCCAAGUGUAUAACCGUAUAAUGACAAUUACAGAAGUUCUGGAAAUUUGCUAGCGUCCCCUAACUGUAUCUUCAUUAUAUGGGAUAGGCAAUUUGUUAAAUACGCCGCGCCUUAUCUACGAACUGACAAAAAUUAUAUUAAACUGAUAAAGUGAGACAAUAUUUACUAAUUUGUGCAACUAUACAGAUUGUAAGUUUUGCCUAGUGUAGUUAAUGCUAUAAAGUAAUCCAACUUUAUUAUUACCAAAUCCCUCUAUGCGGUGGCAGUCAAUAUUUGUUUCAAAGCCGAAACGCACAUAGCUGUGAGCGUAAGUCACUUAACAAUUGGAAUUGACCUAAUAUUUAAUACCAACUCAUAGUCACGCACAUACGUAGAUGUAUGUAUGUAUGCAUAUAUGAACCUACAAAUAACAACCACAAGCGCUAAUAAAAUUUCGAAACAAAUCGCGUAAAUGAUGUUGCAUUCCAUGAAAUUGUGUGCUGAUAAACUCAACGGAAUAACGGCAACACCUCCGGACUCAGCAGCACUCCCUGGUGCAGUGUUGGUUGUUAAUACUACUACAGCAUUGCCAACACCUGUUGCAAUUGCGAAUGCAAAUUCCGGCGGUGCCAUUUCGGAUAAAAAUAAUUUAAAUAGUACCCUUAUCAACACCUCCACCAUCGCUUCUAUAGGCAACAAUAGCAACGUUAACAACAGCGCCAUUGUGCAGCGACAACUUCAUCAGCACCAAGGAAAAUAUUUGGACGCGCCGGGUGCAACAAAAUUCCAUCCAUAUUUGCGUCCAGCAGCAGUGGUGGCUAGUGAAAAUUCGGGCAGCUCAACAACUGUAGCGGGGACAAGUGCAUUUGCGGCAACACUGUUCCCUCCGUUUCUAAAUUCGGUAAAUACCAACGCCACCACCAACAAAACACCAGGAACCACAACUGUUGCCGCUGUUAACACUGCAACAUCACCAAGUGGAUUACUAACUUUGCCAACAAAACAACCAACCUCUGUUUCCACCGCCAAUGCAACUACAGCAGGAGCUUUUAUUAAUUCUAAUUCUACAUACGGGAACGGCAAUAACUACUCAGCAGUGCACUUGAAGAGUGGAAAUAUGUCCGAUGGUGAGGAGACUAACGACUCUCAAAAGAACACCAAUGAACUUAAUCACACUGAUGAAACUUUCACCGCUCCCAUGACAGAUGAUUGCUCAAAUUUAAUAUCCGUUUCGAAUCAUAGCAACGGUGAUAGCAACAACGUUGACAUUAUAACCGGCGCUAAAGAAUUUGAAAAAGAUCAGCCGGAUCCGGAUAAUAUAAAAAUGUUCGUUGGCCAAAUUCCGAAAUCAUGGGAUGAAAUGCAAUUGCGAAAAAUGUUUGAACAAUAUGGACGAGUUCACACUUUGAACAUUCUGCGUGACAAGGUCACAUCGGUAAGCAGAGGGUGCUGUUUUGUUACAUAUUAUACACGCAAGGCUGCUUUGAAGGCACAAGAUGCCUUACAUAAUAUAAAAACUCUUGAAGGGAUGCAUCAUCCCAUUCAAAUGAAGCCCGCUGAUAGCGAGAAUAGAAACGAACGCAAACUUUUCGUUGGCAUGUUGAACAAAAAAUAUAAUGAGGCCGAUGUGAGGCAGCUGUUUACAGGCCACGGCACCAUCGAGGAGUGUACGGUGCUUCGCGACCAAAAUGGGCAGAGCAAAGGUUGCGCCUUUGUGACGUUUGCAACGAAGCACAAUGCCAUUGGAGCUAUUAAGGCUCUGCACCAAAGCCGCACCAUGGAGGGCUGUUCCGCACCACUAGUUGUCAAAUUCGCCGACACACAGAAGGAAAAAGACCAAAAGAAGAUGCAACAGCUGCAGGCGAGUAUUGUCGGAAUUACCGCUCUUACGUCGCCAACAACAGGAGCCAUCGCAGGCUUGGCUUCGACGCCCUCAAAUGGUCUUAGCUCGGCCACUGCUGCUGUCGGUUUGGUACCCAGUUCUAUAACAGCGACCGGAGCGCGCUCGAGUUCAUCAAUGCCAACAGCGCUGGCGGCUGUGACUAACCCACAACCCACGGCUGUCGCCAAUUCUGCCUCCGCAUUAGUGCCCACUUCAGCAGCGAUCCCAAUGUCGCCAUCGUUACUAACUGCUGCUGGUAGCGCACAGCAAACGUCACCAUACCUGGCCACCACGGACGCCAUGAACGUGUCAGCAGCACAACUGCAAAUAUUCCAGCAGCUACAAGCGUUCGGAUUACAUCCAGCGCAAUAUUUGCAAGGACUAAAUUUCCCACCGGAUCACAGUGUCACAACCUCAUCUCUAUCGGCCGCAGCCGCCGCAACCCACACAGCCACCGGUGCAGCUGAUGCAUCUAACCAACCCAGCAAUGCUGUUGGCAAUGGACUACUCUCAGCUCGAUCCAUUUCGAUGCAGAACCUGGUAACGCUAGCAACACUGGGUGCCCACAACUAUUCACCACAGCAAUCGCUUCAGUCGCACAGUCACGUCAUCGCGCAAGCCCAACAACAGCAGCAGCAUCAUACACACGGCAUGCCGUUUACACCCUCGCAAGCGCAGGUGCACAUGACUCAUCUACUACAGCCGCCACUCACCAUGACUACACAGCUGACUGGAGCCAGUACACCCACGCUGUGGUCUGGUGGAGAACAUCUUACCUCGCCAUAUGCCUCAACGUUAAGUCCCUUAAUUAAUGGUGCCGCUUUUCCAACGUCUGCUUCGCCCUUAACCCCCACAGCACUACAAGCCGCUGCAGCUGGAGUUGCUGGAAAACAAGUUGAAGGACCGGAAGGUAGCAAUCUCUUCAUCUAUCAUCUACCUCAGGAAUUUACCGACACUGAUCUCGCAUCCACAUUUUUACCAUUCGGGAAUGUGCUUUCUGCAAAAGUGUUCAUCGACAAACAAACCAAUCUGUCCAAAUGCUUCGGUUUCGUCUCCUACGAUAAUCCCCAUUCGGCGAACGCAGCCAUUCAAGCAAUGCAUGGUUUCCAGAUCGGCACCAAACGCUUAAAAGUGCAACUUAAGCGCUCAAAAGAUGCAGCAAAGCCAUAUUGAACAGCCAAUUAAGUCGCCCUCGAUUAUUUUGGUCGUCAUUUGGAUGAAGACAAGAAAAAAGAUAGUAGCCCCUAAAAAGAAAUAAACCAAAGGACCAAUUUUCAUAGUGAAAGUAAAAAUACAAGUCAAAAUGCUUAUACAAGUAGCUAAAUAUACCUAUAUAAGUAUAUAUUUAAAUGCAUACAUAAAAAGACCAAAGAAAAAGCUUAAAUAAAACAAAAAAAAAAUGUAAAAACAGUUAGCUAUUUAACGCAUGGUAAACUUAAAUCAAAUUUGCUGAAUUGAUUAGGUAUACUCGUAAAACCAAAAUGGAAAACUAAAUUUAUACUUAUAGUUCGUAAAUUGUAUUCAGUACAGGACAGAUAAAUGUUUUGAGCCAUAAUUGUAAUUCAAAAAUGUAUGUACCUUAAAAAGUAGUUUAGAGUAUACUGAUAUCAGCAAAAAAAUUUAAAAUUUUAUUUUCUAAUGAAACCUUUAUAAUUUUUACUAACACUAUCUAAAAUAUGCAGUCACCAAACCAAAGUAAGAAUGGAUUUCAAGUUUAAUAUUCCUGCAAAAUGUGGCAAUUAUGAUAUAUUUUUCCACUGCACCUAACCUCUUUUGAAUCUAAUCGCAAGUGGCGAAUAAACAAAGCAACUGAUAUAAAGAUGCAUAUGUUGGUAGCGUUGGAAAAGGGCCGCCAAAAAGUACAUUUGCCUGGAAGCACUUAAGAGAACUCGUAUUAGCUAAGACCGCGUUCAUGCAUGGAAACAUUUGUUGCUUCAACUCGUUACUUGUGAUGCUCAUGCUCUGUGACCACCCUUUCUGUUUCUUUAUUCUCAAUGUUGUUGUUGACUGUACUGACUAAAAACUAAUAACUGCAAGGUGCGUAAAUACGACGAGAACAUCAAAAGAGAAUUCGCAAAGAUGAACCAAUAAAAGUUUUCCCGUAUGAACGCGGUGUAAUGAAACUUGUCAAAUAUCAGAAAAGAGAGAAGGCAGCAUUGAAAACAAUUAGGAUUAACAGUUUUAUGAGAUAUUACCAUACUCGCUAGCAGAGCCCAGAGAUAGCGAGCAGACAAGUGACGAACCGAAGGCGCCUAUUAUAUUAUAGAACAGUUCUGUUGUAUAGCGUCUCCUCUCCCAAAUCAGGUGUUUUCCUGGGAUAGAUAAUGUAAAUCACAGUGGCUAAAUCUAGCUCAAAUUACAGUAAUAGGAGUAAAAAAGGGAAAGGCAAACAACUUUUAAGUUUUUACUUACAGAAUUGUAAGCUUUAGACAUGUGAAAACCAUUUCCUAUCGUUAUCAGGAAACAAUCAUAGUAUCGGAAUUUUCGUAGCUGGGUUGAACGUUUCGCUAUUAACGGUGAUCAACAUUUAGUGUGGUGUUAUGGAAACCCUACAAGGAAAGCCCACACGUCCUCUUAUGCGCCUGUGUCGCUUUGAGCCGACAGCUGAAAAUUUCGUCAGUUGCCUCACUCUUUUGCGCCAAUUUUCGUCAUUUGCGCCAGUUAAUCAAUCCUGAACUUGGCUUCCACCACGUUCAUGACCAUAUUGGUUUUGGUUAUCUAACCUUAAGUGUCUAAUCGGAAAACCUUUCCACUAAGCAUUAUCGCUAAUUCGUAUUAGCUUGUCAUGGGCACUCCAAUCGUCGUAUUUUUACAUGUUUUAUGGCGUGGCUUGGAAGCAAAUUACUAGUCCAGCUCUGGUGGUGUUUUUCAUUGUCUCGUCUAUGAUCACCUAACGGUAUUCCUAAAAAUUAUAUCUGCAUCCUACUAAAUUAUCAAACUAAUAUACAUUUUACUUACAUGUUUACUUAUUUCAAUGAAGCGCGUGUUUUCUGAAAUGGCUUUUAGUUUUCAUAAGCUUCUCUCAUCUGAUUGGUAUCUUUAUGUGGCGUUUGUAGAAUAAAUUCAGGAUACCUAAUAUACAUAAUUAUUAUAUGAUCAGAUCAUAUUUAUCUGAGCAAAGAAAUUUAAGUGCGACGAAGCAAUGAUUAGUAUUAUACUUUCUAGAUAUCGCUGGGAAAAUUUUUUGAUGUAGGUACUAGGUACUCCGGCGUGCAUCUUGAGCAAGAAAAUAAAAUCAAAUUAAGGGUCUCAUCUAGAGCUCAUUGUUAUAAUUUUUUUACUGAUAAUGGUAAUUUCUUUCUUUUCCUUGGAUUGCAUGAUUUCGUCUAGUACAUUGAUGUAAUUUUUCUUCUUUAUUAUGCCUAUUCGAUUUCUAAUUAUAAGCGAUCAUAUAAAUUUCAUUUCUUAAAUAAAUUUCAGCUUACAAACUUAACCUCAUUCAUGCUGUUUACAAUGAUUUUAUAUAUGUACAUCUCUUUGUUGUGCAGCAUUGCAUAGCUCUCCAAAUCCUCCGAUACCAUUCCAAUGGGGUAUAUUUCGCAUCCAAGACAUUUGUUUUCUCCACGUUUGCCACGUUUACCUUAAAUUUUUUCUUCUAAAAUAAGCUGCAGAUGAUAUUUCGGAUUUCUCAUAAUAUAGCCGAGGUACGCUGUUUAUGUCUGUUUAAUAGUUUUUAGAAGCUCUCGGUCUCUUCGUAUUUUCUUUGUUCUCUAUUUCAGGCAUUCAAGGUUGUUCUACUGGAGAGAAUAAAUCAAUUUUGCACAAUUUAUGCAUGUGAUUUAGAAAUCACAAUAUUAUAAAACUGUAUACUACAAUUUUUUAAAAUUCGUAUCACCGGAAAUCAGCUGCACUUAAUCUGAUGGCAUCCUAUUCCUUUUGUUCUUUUUUCCUACACCUCGGAAACGCCCCGUCUAGUUCUCAGCAAUGCAAUCCCAGAUUUUGAAAAGUGUCACAGUACUAAUUUGUUUUUGUUUUGUUUUUGUUGUUUGCGGCCACACAAUUUUGUUCUAAUAAUAUAUGACAAGCAGAGGCACAUGCCAAUUAGCAGUACCUUAAACAAUAUCAGUACCUUAAUAUUGAUUUUAGUUUUGUAAAAGCGCAGAAAAAGGAAUAUCAGCAGAAAUAAUAUAUUAAAUAUUAUUACAAGCGAAAAAGGAACGCAAUUAUUCAUGGUUCCAAGCCACUAAAUAACCCCUCAUUCAUUGGAAUAUCGUUUUGAGAGUAAAAGAAUUAAACAACAGAUUAUUAGCCAGAAGCCUAAAUGUCCGUAAUUUUUAGUUCCUUAUUUCACCUCACCUUAACUAGAAACCAACAUCCAACUUGUAUUCGUACAUACAAAUGAAAGCUAACUGCGGUCAAAGCGUGAUUGCAGCCUACUUUAGGUGGUCCAAGGCAAUUAGCGCACAAAUACUAACUGCAUUCAUACAUAUUAACAUGCUAUUUAGGCACAUACAAGAACAUUUAAUUUUUAAAUUUAAUGUUCAAGAUCAUUGCGUUAGGUGUAUGAUGAAUAACAUCAUUUUGUUCAAUCACUAAUAGUCAUGAAGAUUUCGCACCAAAUAAGGAUCUAAGAGAAUUGAAUAGGGCACAAUUUAAGCCAUUGUAAUUAUACUUUACAUAGACAUACGCACACCCCAAAAUCCGCCGCGCUUUGUCACUUACAUAUAUCAAGUUUACAAAUUUUUAAUUAAAGUAAUAUAAUUUUAAGCAAACAUACUUAGUAAAUUCCUAGUGCUUUUUAUUUCUCGUAGAACACCUCUAAAUGAUGUAAAUUUAAAUACAUAUACAUUUACAUACAUACGUAUGUAUUUGUUACUAUAAAAGUGUACUUACUGUUUAUGUACUAAGUCGUCAAAUCACUAAAAUAAUGUAGAUAAGCAUAUACGAGUAUAUACAUACACAUGUAUAUGCUAAAAUUUUUUAGGAUUCUUUUUUUGGAAACCUGCAAAACAGAAAGUUAUUUUUAGAAAAUAAUUUUAAAAAGUAAUCAAUGUAUUAUGGAAUUUAAUUAAAACAAAUAAAGAAACUAGUAAACGCAUUCGUGGGUAAAGAAUUAAA